AUGAUUGUCCGGCGGCUAGCUGCGCGCACAGGCCGCAGUGUUUUUGCUCACGCCAACGUAGCAGCGACGCCUGCACGGCAAUGGCGUCGCACGUUCGCGUCUGAUGUUGACCUCCUCGAGCCCACCGCCGAAAACUCGCUGAAGGAGACGAGCUCCAUUGAGAUCGCACUCGAAAACUCCACGCCGCAACCCGUGCCCGUCUACAACCCCAAUGCCGCACGCGAGGCCGCCCUCACGGAUCCCACCGUAGCCGAGAAUUGGUAUGCCAGGAAGCACCUGGAACGCGUCAUCAAGACCGUUGGCAGUACGCCUGAACCGCACUACCAGCCGCACACGCUACUCACGAACCCGCCCCGGCCGGCGGACGUCACGCUCGAGCUGCUUCUCGCCUCGCAGGCACAUCUCGGUCACUCCACGUCUGUCUGGAACCCCGCAAAUGCGCGCUACAUCUUUGGCGUCAGAGAAGGCAUCCACAUCAUCUCGCUGGAUCAGACGGCAGCUCACCUGAGACGAGCUGCCAAGGUGGUGACGGAGGUCUGCAGAAGAGGCGGUAUCGUCCUGUUUGUGGGAACAAGAAAUGAGCAGGACAGGAGCGUUGUCAAGGCGGCUCAGCUAGCCAAGGGCUGCCAUCUCUUCGACCGGUGGGUUCCAGGGAGUAUCACAAACGGUCAGCAGAUUCUGGGCAGGUGCAAGUUGAAGGUGGUGGAUGAGCUCGACCGGGAGCUGCCGGAGUUUGAGAGCCAGCUGGCCGAGCGGCCGGUUCUGAAGCCCGAUCUCGUCGUCUGCUUGAACCCGCUCGAGAACUACGUGCUCCUGCAGGAGUGCGGUCAAAACCACAUCCCCACGAUUGGCAUCAUCGACACGGACGCAGACCCCACAUGGGUCACCUAUCCGAUCCCCGCGAACGAUGACAGUCUGCGGUGCACCAACGUUAUUGCAGGAGUGCUGGGAAGAGCAGGCGAGGAGGGUCAGAGACUCCGGUUAGAAGCGGCCCGCCAAGGCAUUGUUACGUACAAGAGCCGGGAGAAGUUCGAGUCACCUGAGGACAUUGCACGCGGUGAGGAGAAGAAUGGAGGCCUGCUUGAGAAGCCCGUAGUACGCCCGGGAGAUCUCUCUUCUCCGGCGGGCCUGAGCGGGCGUGAGGCCAUCUAA